AUGCAAGGAUAUGGGCCCCUCCCCGGCAGCCGCGCUACCUGCGGGCAUCGUUUGGAAUUCCGUUGUCUCGGAUGUUCCGGCCGCCCCACUUACUGCUCUUCAUGCCUCCGAAACACCCAUGCCAUCGAUCCAUUCCAUCGUAUAGAGGCCUGGGUAGAAUCGAUGUCUUGCUAUCGCCCGGCGUGGCUCCAAGAAGUAGGUUUGCAAAUACACUGCGGCCACGGCGGAGAGGCCUGUCCG